GUUGGUCAAUAUUGUUUUGUUUUGAUCGGCAAAUUUUAACUUUCUGUUGCACAUAAAAAUUAGGCAGAAUUGCUGUCUGCUUCAGAACCCUUGUUCAACACAAUUGCUGUUUGCUUCAUACCACUGCACUCCAAAUUCAAGACAUUUUUCACAGAUUUUGAGCAAGUGUUUACCUUUACACUUUGGACCCAGAAAUCAGAGCACUUGCCACUGAAUCAGCAUCACCCCCACCUGCAAAGAUGGUCAAAGCCAUUCGAGUCCAUGAGCUUGGUGGACCUGAGGUCUUGAAAUGGGAAGAUGUGGAAAUAGGAGAGCCAAAGGAGGGAGAGGUUCGUGUGAAGAACAAGGCCAUUGGGCUUAAUUUCAUUGAUGUAUACUUCCGCAAAGGCGUUUAUAAGGCUGCUACGUUUCCCUACACCCCAGGUGGUGAGGCUUGUGGAGUUGUGACAGCUGUGGGACCAGGACUAACAGGCAGGCAAGUUGGAGAUCUUGUAGCCUAUGCUGGUCAGCCAAUGGGCUCAUAUGCGGAAGAGCAGAUCCUUCCUGCAGACAGAGUUGUGCCUGUUCCUCCUUCCAUUGAUCCUACUGUUGCUGCAUCCCUCUUGUCCAAGGGUAUGACAGCUCAGUUCCUACUACGCAGUUGUUUCAAGGUUGAACCUGGACACGCAGUCCUUGUCCAUGCAGCAGCUGGUGGAGUUGGAUCCCUUUUAUGCCAGUGGGCUAAUGCCCUUGGUGCCACUGUCAUUGGAACUGUAUCUACUAAAGAGAAGGCAGCUCAAGCCGAGGAGGAUGGAUGUCACCAUGUCAUAAUCAAUAAGGAAGAGGACUUUGUUGCUCGAGUGAAAGAAAUAACAUCUGACAAUGGCGUCGAGGUUGUUUAUGAUUCUGUAGGGAAGGAUACUUUUGAGGGAUCACUGGCAUGCUUGAAGACUCGUGGAUACAUGGUGAGUUUUGGGCAGUCAUCAGGUGCGCCAGAUCCGGUUCCAUUGUCAGACAUUGCAGUGAAGUCACUGUUCUUGACUAGGCCUAGUCUCUUUAAUUACGCUGCAACUCGAGACGAAUUACUAGGGAUGGCAGGUGAGGUAUUUGGUAAUGUUCAAUCAGGUGUGUUGCGGGUUCGAGUAAAUCACACCUACCCAUUGUCUCAAGCAGCACAGGCACACGAAGACCUUGAGAAUAGGAAAACAUCUGGAUCUGUUGUGCUUAUCCCUUAAGGCAAAUAUGAAUUUGGUCUGUUCAUUUUGAAGGCUACGUGGUGUGUGUGUGAAAAUGAAUAAGGAACGUUUGCCUUCAUGUUCAGGAUAGCUGCUGUGCCAAAUGAAAUGGAUGUCUCCGACUGCAGUCAUCAAGAAACUUUGUUAAGCUAGCAAUAAAAGCAAGAAAAACUGGACUUUUAUCUGACUAACUGACGGAUUUACACGUUUCUAAGGUAAACCAAAAUCAAGUCGUCAUGUGUCCUUUGAUCAUGUCCCUCUCCCUCCACAUAAAUCUGCUCCAUUAAACAGAGAAAAAAAGUUUGUGAGAGGUGAUCUUGUAGAUAUCAGUUCAGGGGCAACAAUAGAUUCUAAGCGAACAGAUGAUUCUCGUAAGGAUGAGGUUUUGCCUUCAUCCUUAUUUCUUAGAUAGUUUUCUGCUAUUGCACUCGUUUCAUCCUCAUGUUCCUUCAGAGCAUUAAUAUGAGUUUUUCUCUUGUUCUUCAACA